UAGCCUGGGUUCUCAUCCAUCACUCACUCAUCAAGUCCCAGGUCAUAGAGGUUAUUCCGGGACUCUUCUGGGUCAUGAUGAGGCUGCACUCAACACUGAGCACUUGGCUUUUCACACUCCUAGUGAUGCCAGUCUACUGCCAGAGUGGUGAUGAUGGAGAGUUGGGAUCAGGUGACGUCUCCGGGCCUGUGGUCACUGGCAACUCCUCUGCUCCAAUCUUCCAUGCAGCCGGGGAUGAGCCAGACAGAACCAGGCCACUUUUUCAAACCCUGCCAGAGACGGAAGGCGGCGACUGUUAUGUCCACUUCCACACCGGCCAAGUCAUGACAAGACGGUUACGAGCUUUCAGAGAGGAAGUUGCUUAUCUAAAGGCUCUUCAACAUGGGAACCAGGCGGUGAUGGAGAAUCUGGUCCAGUUUGUUGGAGCAGAAAUGGGAGAUCAACGCUACGAGGAGGUGAUCCAAGAAAACAUUGUUGGAAUCAGGGAGGAUCAUGUGAGCUGUGAGAGCGUGGUGACAAAAGCAGCAGAGGAGAUGGAGAGUCAGCUGGAGGGAGACGCACUAGACACUUCGGCUGGAAUUCAAAAAAUAAAAGAGGAGUCCCUUGCCUUUGAAGAAAUGCUGCGUACCGCGUCAGACAUCGCCACUCGACUGGAGAGUUCUUCAAGAGCCCUGCAUGUGGAGAUGAUCGCACAGCUGAGGAAGAACAUGAGACAGCCACGCUAAACUAAAUGACUCGGUGGGAAGCCGUCCAACCUGGAAAAAUAGAUAAAGUGUCACUUCUGUAUUUAUCCAUAUGUUUUAAUAACAGUGAUACAAUGUCAUCACUUUAAACAGUCUAUAUAUGUUAUCUCCCAUCCUUACAUAGUUUUUUUUGUGAGACAGAAUUAUUGUCAGAGGACUGAAACACAAACUAUAUUUUUCCUCUCUUGUCCAAUGUUCAUUUGUGAGCCAUAAUGAAAACAUAAUGGCUCUGUGUACAAGGAAAUUGAAAAAAUGAUCUUGGCAGUGUGGUGACAUCUUAAAAGAAUAUUCUCUUUCCGAGUACAGACAACCCCGCAGCUAUGGUCUGGCUGUCUUGGCGCUAGGGAGCAGAUGGUGAAAAGACUGUAUGAGGGUCUGGAAAUCAACAAGCAUGAACUCAUAUACAUUGGAAAGCGAAAGCAAGGCGGAGAAAGAAAAAGAGGAAAAAAUAUUAAAGUGAUGUCACUGAGGAAUAAAUGAAAACAGAACAGAACCUAAAGAAACAGAUGAAGAAAGAGUAUGAAAUCUUUGCGACCAAAGAAUGUUCAUUUUCAGUGUAUUAGUCAGUUGUUGUCAGUUUUGCUGUAUGCAUAGUUUGACCCAAUUCUGAGUGUAUGCUAGUAUUUGUAUGGUCAUAGAUACAGCCUGUGUGAGUGAAUGAAUUACAGGGACAUGAAAUAUAUAAAUAGCUAUUACUAUAUUGAGCGUUUUAUACUUAAAUAAAUACUAUUGAUGCUAGUCAGUCUUGAUGUGCCAUUGUUGAAAAUGAUAUUCACAAAAAUUCAACUUUGUAAAAGAAUAGCAGGGUUCCUACAGUCAUGUA